GUGGUGCCCCGCGGCAGUUGCCGCGCCUCGCCUGAGGCCGCCGCUUCUUCCCGAAGUUGUCCCGGAGCCGUAGCAUGGCGGGUGUGGCCCAUUGCUCCCUGAAGGCCAAGCGCCUCCUCUUGGACCCCAAGUUCGAGGGCUACAAGCUGUCCCUGGAGCCCCUGGCCUGCUAUCAGCUGGGGCUCGACGCGGCUGUAGCAGAAGUGAAACUUCAUGAUGAUCAAUAUACCCUUGACCACAUGCGUGCUUUUGGCAUGUACAAUUACCUUCACCUUGAUUCCUGGUACCAGGAUAAUGUCUACUAUGUUGAUCAGUUUGGAAGGGUUAUGAAUCUGUCAGUGACUCUGGACACGGCUCUACAAAAACCAAGAGAAGUUUUCAGGCUACCUACAGACUUGACAGCUUAUGAUAAUCGCCUUUGUGCCUCAAUGCACUUCUCAUCUUCCACAUGGGUUACUCUCUCUGAUGGUACAGGAAGACUGUAUUUAAUUAAAUCAGGCAAGCGUGGAAGCAGUGUAUCUGAAAAGUGGGAGAUUGUGUUUAAUGAAGAAUUAGGAAGUCCAUUUAUUGUAGUACACAGUGUUUCACUUGUAAAAUCCAAUGCGCAUUCAGUAGCUGUGCUACUGCUUAGGGUAGAAAAAGAUGAAUUGGAUACAAAAGGAAGUGGAUUUCAUACUACCUUGGAAUGGGUUACAAUUGCAGAAAUAAGCAAAGAGGGCAAUCACAGAUAUGAAAUUUUUAAAAGAAGAGUUUUACAAGGCAGAUCAGUCCCCCACUAUGCAGCAAUAGAGCCGAGUGGGGAUGGUCUAAUGAUUGUUUCCUACAAACCGUUCAAAUUUGUGAAAGAUGAAGAUGACAAAUUAGAAGAAAAUGAUGAUGAGAAUGAUGAUGCAAAAGCAUCAGAUGAGAAGAAAGACCCUCUCUAUUGCUGGCAGCAGACUGAAGAUGAUGUGACAAUAACAGUUCAGGUUCCCGAAGGCAUCACUAAGGAUGACAUAAAAGUGUGCUUUUCCCCUGAUAAAAUGUGUGUUACACUGAAAGACCAGCCUCCUUUGAUGGAAGGAAAACUCUAUGCAUCUGUGGACCAUGAAAGCUGCACGUGGAUAAUUAGAGAGAAUAAAAGUUUGGAAAUCUCUCUAAUUAAGAAAAAUGAGGGACCCCGGUGGCCAGAGCUCAUAAUUGGAGACACAAGAGGGGAAUUCAUUAUGGACCCUUCCCAAAGCUCUGAAAUAGCUGAAAGCCUGAUGCAUCUUACCUCUGAAGUACUGAAUCCAAACCCCGAGAAAGAAAAACCACCGUGUAAUGCUCAAGAGUUAGAAGAAUGUGAUGCUUUUCUUGAAGAUAAUGCAAGUUUGUGUAGAUUUGAUGGUGAUACUUUGAAAGUCACUCAUGUAAUUAAUCUUGGAAGCAACCAAUAUCUUUUCUCAGUUGUUGUGGAUCCCAAAGAAAUGCCAUGCUUCUGCCUGAGACAUGAUGUGGAUGCUCUGAUCUGGCAGCCCCACGCUGACGAACCAGAAAACAUGUGGGAACACAUUGGAACUUUUAAUGCUUUAGGUUAUGUCCAAGCAUCAAAACAAGACAAGAAGUUCAUGGCUUGUGCUCCAGACUACUCCUACGCUGCUCUUUGUGAGUGCUUACGACGAGUUUUCAUCUAUCGUCAGCCAACUCCUCUCUCCACAGUUCUCUACAACAGGAAGGAAGGAAGACAAGUAGGACAGGUUGCUAAGCAGCUGGUAGCAACCCUGGAAGCCAAUGAUCCUAUCUUAGGCUUUCAAGCUACAAGUGAGAGAUUAUUUGUUCUCACAACAAAAACCUUGUUUUUAAUAAAGGUGAACUCUGGAAAUUAAUUAUUCAGUAUAUUCUGCUGUAGUUUGUAUUAACAGUUUGUUAAAGAACUGGCUAAGUAAAUGAUCUGAGAAGUUCAGUAUAAUUUGCUGGAUUUUGAAACAGAGAGAGUUUACAGGGGAACAAAAAUUUUUCUUUAGAAUUUGUCUGUAAUACAGUGAGAAGGUUUUUUCACUUUGCUGUCACUGAAGUAAGCCUUUUCAGAGCAAUGGGAAAUGUCCUCUGCACUGACAGCUUUCUCAAAGCAAUUGUCAGAGGCUGCUGUUCUGUUGCAUUGGUAAAUAGAUUUAUGCAUUGUUUUUUCCAAAUUACUGUGUUUGCCAUACUUCUGAAUUUUGAGAAUUAGCUUCUGCUUUUAAAUGCCACUGUUUACCUAUAAAAGUAGUCAGAUAAAGAAAAUAAAGCUUUGAGUUACAAGCAUAUGAUGUUCAAAGCAAAGAAUUGUGUAUCAUAAAUCAAAAAACCCCAAAUUCAGAUUCUGUUGGCCAAAAAAUUGGUAUAGAAUUCAAUAUUCCGUAGUAAAUGAAAUGUGAAUGGAAUUAAUGGAGGAUUUUGUUUCUUACACCAGUAAUUAAUUAAAAUGCAUAUACAUUAUACAUUACAUAUAUUAAUUGUAUAUGCAGAUGGUGAUUACAUAUUGAAUGGUAAUUAGUCAAGGUCUAGUUAUACCCUCUGUUGUGUCAUUUUCAUUUGACAUUGUACUUCAUCUCCAGCAACUCAUUUACAAUUAGAAAAUGGCUACCAAAAAAAGCACCUGAGUUGUAACUUGAUAUGGGAAACUCAAAAGUGUUGCUUCUGCCUCAGCUACCACUGUAAAUACUGUGUUAGCAGAUAACUGUUCUGUCUGUGAUACACAACUCCAAAUGCAGAAUAUUUGCAAGAAUACAUGUACCAUGAGGAUGAUUCAGUUUAACAAAUUGUCAUGGUUAAUUGUAUUGAAUAUUUGUAUCUGAAGUUUUUUGUUUCUUAUUUUAAAUUGACAUUGUCAGUACAGUUAAACCAAAAAAGGAUCAGUUGUGACAGCUGCACCCUGGGUUGUUGGUUUGUUGGUGGGUUUUUUUUCCUAGUUUGCUUACACCUCCAUAGUAAAGAAUGCUUAAUAUAUUGUGUACUUUCAGGAAAGGUGCUGUGAUCUGUGAUACCAAAGCACUGAGAUAGAUGCAAAUACGACAAGUGACUUAAUAGUUAGCAUCUCUUCCAAUGUUAUUUCAGACUUCUGUAAGAAUCUUGUGAGAGGAAAAUAAGUUAUCCUUUUCUUAUGGACUAAAAUAGUUGAGAUUAUUUUGAGUCUUCUUUUAGUUUUCCAUAUUUGUAUUGGCAAAAUGAUUGAUAAUACAGUGAUAAUUUGAUAGACAAGCAGUUGUGGCUUGCAAAACCCCUUUCAAAUGCACAAGAUUUCAAGGAACCUGGUUCUCCUUCUCCUUACAGCAGUAUUACAUUGUUUAUCCAAUAUUGAAAAACUUUUCCUUAUCUCUUACCUGGGUAAGUUAAAAUAGGCUUGAUUUACAAGCCUACCCUUCUCAUUCUGCUUUUUUAAAACUGCCUUGAAAAUGCUUUUUAAAAGUGCUCAGUGAAUCUGUUACUGUUAAAUGACUGGUUUAUAUCUAAAUUUUCAUUGUUGGACAAUAAUGUCAGACAAGGUGGUGGAAUUAAUGUUGGGGUCCUUUAGAAAAGAUCUUAUGUAGUUGAUUACUUUGCAGCAUGAAGUACUCUGAGAUUUAUAUUAAUAUUAGUUACUAACCUGAGAUUUAAUCAUUUGGAGCACACUGUGAUAUUAGGGGAAUGAAAGAGUGGUGAAGGAUUCAUAGGAAAUGUGCUUUUGUGACCUCAGGCCUGUUGCAGGAAGCUUAAAUAUAGAUGAGAAUUUUGUCUGGUUUUUGUAUAAUUCUCCUUACUGUGGGUUAGAUUUCCAGAAUCAUACCUAUGCUUUCUCCUGCCAACAGAGCAAACAAAGGCAAGUUAAAAUGGCUACCUCUUAGGAGGUUAAAAUACAUAGUGACUAAAAUUCACAUAAUUGUGUGUCUUUUUUAAAGGAGCUCUUGUUUGGCCCUGGGAACAUUUCAUCCCCUUUCCCACAAUUUCCAUCUCUUUGCAAUCAUGGAAUUCUCAGAAAGGAUUGUCUCUCCUUCAUUUUGCUUUCUAUGAGAGUUUAGGACACUAUAUUAUUUAAAAGCUGCACAGCAUGCUGUCAGAAUUAAAUGGCUGCAAGCCAUAGGGAGGCAGUUCCUAUCAGCAUUUCCACUUCUCUGUUCACUUAAUUUUAAUGCUUAUUUGUUUAGCAUAGUAAUACAGGCUUGUACAAAGUAUAGAAUGUGUAUAUUUAAAAGAGGUGGUUUUCUGAGAAUCAUACUUCAGUUUUUCUAGGAUUUUAUUUCUCAGAAUCUUACAUUUUUAAGAUAUGUUACUUCCUGAGAGUUUCCGAUUACACUGUUUACAGAAUUUCUGAGAAUUAUAUUGGCUAUUACAAACUUGCAUUAUUUAUUUUAUUAUUUUUCAGUGUUUUCUUUGCCUGCAUAUUUGGAAUGUAUCAUGUAUUCUUCUACAAGUUCAAAUAAAUGGAAAGAAUGUUAAAUUUAUUAAUAAAGGGGGUUUUCUAUUA